AUGGUAAAGGUUAAGCGGUUUUCAAAUCCACUCAAGUCACCACCUCAAAUAGUAGGUACAACUCAUCCUCCACCUCAACCUCAACCUCAUGCCAUACUUCAAACUCAAUCUCCAACUCAAUAUCAAGCUCCUUCUUUACGGCCUUCACCUCCGGCCCAAUGUCCAACACAUAUCCCAAGUCAUCCUCCAACUCAAACCCAACUUCAUUCUAGACUUCAAACUCAAGUUCCAGCUCAUUCUUCACAUCAUAUUCAAGAUCCAACUCAAACUCAAGCUCCAACACAUAAUCCAACAUAUACUACACCGACCAUUUUAUCGCCAACUCUUGAAGUUCCACAACAAUCUCAAGAAUCAAGGCAAUGUGUUGGACGGGAGUCCACACAAUAUUGGAGUGUUGAAUCAAUAGGUGCUGCAUAUGGCGAAGCACAAGGCUUGCUUGCUGGAUAUUGUGGAAUAUUAGCAAUUGAUGGUAACUUGUUUCCAAUAAGUUUUGAUAGAUGGUCUGGACCACCACCAUCAGGCAUGCCAAAAUGUUAUUUUGAAGAUUGCUUUAAAACAGACAUAAAGCCUCGAUUUUGUUUUUGGACUACUGAAGCUCUUACAGAGCGAUAUUGUCGGCUCAGCAUUGGGAAAAAGUGGGCUUCCCAUAGGCAAAGAUUAUGGGAUGGAUUCUAUAAUCCAGUCUUAACAAGAGAUGAAAUUGUAUCUAAUGUACCACUCGGUGUAGAUAAAACUCAAUGGGCUUUAUUUGUCAACUAUCGUCUAAAACCAUCUACGAAGGAGACUUGUCGCAGAAAUAAGGAAAUACGUAGUAAGCAAGUGGUUCCUCAUACUGGUGGUUCUAAACCACUCUCACGAAAAAGACAUGAAAUGUUUUUACAAGUUGGAUUACAACCCAGUCGUGGACAAUUAUAUAUUGAAACCCAUAAGAAAAAGGAUGGGUCAGUUGAACAAAUUGAAGUGGGUUUGACUCAAAGCAUUAAUGAUGAAUCUAUAGUUUCUCCUAAUGAUGUUAUUGGUAAAAUUUUGGGGCCUAAGCAUCCUGGAAGAGUACGAUGUUUAGAUUUUGUAUCUUAUUACAUUGAAGUAGUUCCAGCCAAUGUCGCAGGUGAGUCAGAUUUAUCAAAGAAUGUAACAGAACCUAAUUCACCAAUGGAUGCAAGUGAGCCUGAUUUACCAAUAGAUGCAACAGAAACGUCUGGUGCUAGCAACAUUUGA